AUGGGAUACGACCUUACUAAAGCUGUUGGCUUUCAGUUACGAGACAAACCAGUGUCUUGGACACGCAAAGACCUCCUCACGUAUGCGCUAGGCGUCGGGGCUAAGCGGGAUGAGCUACCACUAGUAUACGACAAGUCUUGGGGUCCGUUGCCAACAUUUCCAGUAGUUCUCUCACUUAAGGGCGAGGACACCGACGUGUCGUUAUUUGCUUCCAAACAUGCCAAUGAGGUUAUUCCCGGACUUCCAAAACUCGAUUCUAGGAGGGUUGUUCACGCCACUCAGAGCAUCGAAGGCUGGAAACUAUCUAACAGGAUUGUCGGCGUGCACGAAAAUAAGUCAGGUAUCAUUGUUGAAACAGAGUCGCUACUACUUGAUCCCAAAGGCACCGUUUACGCUAAACUCUAUGGCUCCGCAUUUUAUCUAGGCUCCAAGGCCAACGGCGGGAAAUUUUCCAAAGUCAUUGCCAGCGCUCCACAAGCAAAGCCAAUCCCGAAAGAUCGCAAACCAGACUGGGUCGUCCGUGAAAAGACGUUCCCCGAGCAAGCGCUCAUCUAUCGCCUCAGUGGCGAUUACAAUCCUUUGCACAUCGAUCCUGAAGUAGGCAAGGCUCUGGGAUUCGGUGAUGUCAUCCUCCACGGACUGUCAUCGUAUGGGUUUGCCGCGAGAGCGCUUAUCCGGGCCGUGGGAAAGGGUGACCGACGCGCGCUUAAGCUUAUCUGCGCCAGAUUCUCGUCCCCUGUUUCACCUGGUGAUGAACUUGAAACGCAGGCUUGGGAAGUUGGGCCUGGACCUAACGGCACGACAGAGAUUGCUUUUGUCACAAGGGACGUGACCACGGGCAAAGUUGCACUGAGUAAUGGUAUAGCGUUUGUUAAGAAAGCAGAGAAGAGUAAGCUGUGAGGCCUGUGGCAUACGA